AUGGCGAUCAAAGGCGUCGAUUUCAAGUGGUAUGAUGGGUUCUUCUUGUCCAUGCUUGCGACAAGCAUAAUAAUCGUGGCUAUCAAUUGGGAAAAGUACCACUCAUGUACGUACCCGUUGCACGUAUGGAUUGUGGCUGAUUAUACCACAGUGUUUAUUUUCCGGCUAUUGAUGUUUGUGGACAAUGGAUUGGCUGCUGGAAUGGGAUUGGAUCUCGGCUGGCAGCAAAGAUAUGCACGUUUUGUUGGGAGAGCUGUUGUACUUUCGAUUCUUGUUCUGCUACUUUACCCUUUCCUUUUGGCUUGGACUGUUGUUGGCACUCUGUGGUUUACUCAUUCAAAAAAUUGUCUGCCGGAGGAUGGUCAGAAAUGGGGUUUUCUUAUAUGGUUGCUUUUCAGCUAUUGUGGGCUUGUGUGCAUUGCUUGCAUCUGCAUGGGGAAGUGGUUAACAAGAAGGCAGGCGCAUCUAUUGCGUGCACAACAAGGGAUUCCUGUUUCUGAAUAUGGUGUUUUGGUUGACAUGGUUAGGGUGCCAGAUUGGGCUAUUGAAGCUGCUGGGCAAGAGAUGAGAGGAAUGGGCCAAGAUGCCGGCCCAUACCAUCCUGGACUUUACUUAACCCCAGCGCAGAGAGAGGCAGUGGAAGCACUUAUUCAAGAACUUCCAAAGUUCCGGAUGAAAGCAGUUCCUACCGACUGCAGCGAAUGUCCCAUUUGCUUGGAAGAGUUUCGUGUUGGAAAUGAGGUUCGUGGCCUCCCGUGCGCCCACAAUUUUCACGUGGAGUGUAUUGACCAGUGGCUUCGGUUGAACGUGAAAUGCCCCAGGUGCCGUUGCUCGGUUUUCCCGAACCUCGACUUGAGUGCGCUGUCCAAUAUCCAGCCAGACCUCGAGCGGGCCCCGACUAACACGGUCACGUCAGCUCAGCAGUACAUGAGGAGCCAGUCCCCGAGCCAAAGCUACCUGCUGAGACUGCAGGGCUUGCUCCGCCCAAUCAGGGCCGAGAAUGCUGGGCCCUCUGGCGAGCCCGAGGUGCAAGUGGUGGUGGUCGGGGAGUCGGGCCAGCCUCGGGCCUGA